GGAGCAGUACCAAACACGUAUCCAUCCUCUCCGAGCACGGAUUGAGGGACCAUUCAAUUCCAGAGAGGACACUCUGCUUCUCUGAAGCUAUGGCAUGCACGACGUCCCCAGUACUGCCACUCGCAAAACCUGAUUUUAUUCCUCUCUCCUCUCGGAUAAAAGAGAAGAUUGCAUCAUCUUCAAUCUCUUGUUGCAGAACUCAUCCCCGUCAAUAUUCAGUUCUUCGCAGAGUUUCCAAGUUUCAUCCGAUUAUCUCAAAUGGGUGUGUCGUACAUUGUCGUUCAAACAAUCAGGUUGAACGGAAUAGCCUAUCCAGUCAGGGAACGGCAUCCAAUAAUGAUCUCACGCUUGACGUUCAAAUCCGUAUGUGGAACUGGAGAGGUUAUUCUAUUCGCUACCAGUACUCUGGGAACAGUGGCCCUGCAUUAGUUUUAAUUCAUGGUUUUGGAGCAAACAGUGACCAUUGGAGGAAAAAUAUUCCAGUUCUGGCAAAAUCACACAGGGUAUACGCGAUUGAUCUUAUUGGUUAUGGAUACUCGGAUAAACCAAAUCCUCGUCAAUUUAGUGACAACUAUUAUACAUUUGAAACAUGGGCCACCCAACUAAAUGAUUUUUGUAACGAUGUGGUUGAGGAUGAAGCAUUCUUUAUAUGCAAUUCUAUUGGAGGAGUUGUUGGUCUUCAGGCAGCGGUUAUGGCACCGCAGAUCUGCAAAGGCAUCAUCAUUCUAAAUAUAUCUCUUCGUAUGCUACAUAUUAAGAAGCAGCCUUGGUUUGGAAGACCUUUCAUCAGGUCAUUCCAGAGUUUGCUGAGGAAUACUGCUGUUGGAAAAUAUUUCUAUAAAAUUGUUGCUACACCGGAAUCUGUGAAAAGUAUUCUUUGCCAGUGUUACCAUGAUACCUCCCAAGUGACGGAGGAACUGGUUAAGAAAAUACUUAAUCCAGGAUUGGAACCUGGUGCUGCUGAUGUGUUCCUUGAGUUUAUUUGCUACUCAGGCGGCCCUCUUCCUGAGGAACUUCUGCCUCAAGUUAAGUGUCCAGUUCUAAUAGCAUGGGGUGACAAGGAUCCUUGGGAACCCAUUGAGCUUGGUAGAAACUAUGGGAAUUUUGAUUCUGUUGAAGACUUUGUCAUCCUGCCCAAUGUUGGGCACUGCCCCCAGGAUGAAGCACCUCAUCUUGUGAAUCCACUUGUCAAGUCAUUUGUGGCACGCCAUGCUACCCCAUCUGCUAGUGUCUCCACAACUAUCUGAUCAAUGGCAUGCCAGUUUGUUGCUAGCUUCCUUAGUGCGUCUGAGAUGUUUAUGGUUUAUCCUUUGUCAAGGCACUGCUAGCCAAGUUUCGCAUUCCCUUUUAAUCAACACUACAGUAUGUUCAAAUUCAGAUGUGGGUUACAGCACUUUUUUCUUCUUUUUUUUUUUUUGGGAAAGGGCUUGCAGUAUGUAAUUACAG